AGCCCUUAGGACUCUUGAGCAGAAAAGCAAAAAUGGCUGGUUGGAUGAGAGUUGGUCGCUCCUUUUCCAGAAAAUAUUCGUCGGCUGCUUCUGACACUCAUGCCAGUUCAGAGCAGACGCAGCUUUUAUGGAAGAGGCUUUCAUAUUUCGUAGGCUUUCCAGCGAUAGGACUGGCUAUGGUUAAUUGCUAUUUGAAUCAUCAGGCACAUCAUCAUGAUGAACGUCCAGAAUUCAUCGCAUAUGAUCAUAUGAGAAUAAGAAGCAAGAAAUUUCCAUGGGGAGAUGGUAACCACAGUCUUUUCCAUAAUCCCAAAACAAAUCCUUUACCCGAGGGUUAUGAAGAGUAGUAAGUGGUUCUAUCUAGAUUGUGUAAUAAUUACGUUGAGCACUAGCAUUCUUUAUAACAUGUAUCCUGCAUUAUACUGACUUAUGAACAAUUGAGUCAAUAAAUUGAUAGAGAUAUGACAUUUA